AUGAACAAGGAGUAUAUUUCUAAAAAGCUGAAAGAAGGGUUGUUACAAGUUGAUCCCAUGGCAGACAGAAUAGGAGAAAGAAUGCUUCAGAUGGAGCCUCAAGCUAAUAAUCAAGUCGAGAAAUAUGACCAGGCUCUAAGAUCUAUUGUAAAAAAAGAAAAUCUUACCCUGUCCGCAUUGAUUUUAUUCCUACUCGGUGUUCAGCUUUUACCAUCUCUGAUUUUACUAGCAAUAUUAAAUACUUUUGGCUUUUUAGCUGGGAUUUUUAUGGCAUUUUUGUCUUGGAUCUUAAUUUUUGCAAUUGGUUUCGUCGCAUUAGCAUAUAUUCUUAUAUGAAAAUUCCAAGAGAAAUUAAAAGGCUCAUCCUUAUGCUACUUUUUUGCAGUCAUUAUAUCGGCAUGUGAAGCGAUUUUAUUAUUUUAUAUAGCUUCCUUUAUAGGUGAAGAAUUAUUUUUAAUUGCAGUUUCUGUCAUAGUUUCGACAAUGUUUAUAAAUGCUGUUUUUGCUUCAUAUAUCGAAGAAAAUUAUUCCAUCCAUAUAGGAAAAGCAUUAACCACGCUUAACACUUUAACAGUUUUUAUUUUAUCAGUAUUAUUUUUUGAAAAUGAAAUGCUGAUUCCAUUGGUAAUUUAUAAUUAGAUCCUCACGAAUAUUUUUGUUUUUCCUUAUCAGUUUUUCAUCUUGUCUGAAGUAGAAAGCCACUCAGAAAAUCUUGGCUCGGCUGAUAGAUCAAAAGCUGGGCUAUAUGCAACUCUUUUGAUUUUUAAAUCAAAAGUCGAGCUGCUUUUCAUUUUGGUGAAGUUUAUAAAGUGGGCUAUACAUUCUUGCAAAAAGCAACCUAAAAAUGAAUAA